AUGGAUGAGACAAAGUCUUCUUCAGAUCAAUUAUCUACUAGCAGCGGUUCACAAUUCACAAAUAUUGUCAUCAGUCCACAUUCUGUUGCAGCCAAGUAUAGAGAAAUUGAAGAACGCUUGAAACGGGCUAAACUGCAGUGUGAAAAGUUGAAUAAUGAAUUAGAAAAUCAAUUGGAUGCUCGUGAUCGUCUAUUCCGUGACACGGAUAGACUUGCUCAAUGGGUAAUGUCAGCUGAAAAGCGUUUAGCCAAGUUGACACGUGUAUGGGUAGCUGCAAGACCACCGAUAAUAGGGAAUAAAUCCUAUGGUAUGCUGAAUAAACCAUCGUCUAUUAUGAAGCAGAAAAAUGAUCAAGUGGAAUCGGAUAAACAACACUUAUUGGGUGUAGAUUUACCAGAAGCCUAUGAACAAUUAAAAGCAUUACUAACAGAAGCACGUGGUCCCCGAAUGUUGGCUUUAAAAGAAUUAGCCUGUCAAAUAGAGGGUGAAGAAGUCGAUCUUGCUGAAUUGUCGAGUAAAGCAAGUAGCAGCCGGCCAGGUAGUAAUCGACCAGAUAGUAGCAGUAGUAGUGCUGGUGGGCCUGGCGCUGGCACUGGCGCCAGUGGUAGACCAACUAGCGGUCGAUCACGUAGUCGACGUUCUGUAUCCUUUGAUCUAUUAGGUAAAGAAGGCAGUUUUGAUUCAACUACAGAUGAAUUAAAUCGUCAACUGCAUGAUCGUUUAAUACGCUUAUUAAGUAAGCUGAAUCGACUAAUCAGUCGUCUUGACCAACGUACUGUCCUAUGUCGUUUAACUAUGGAUUAUGAAUUUUCUCGUCAAGGUUGGAUACAAGAGAUUAAUGCAUUGAAUUCACGUUUGAAAUCAUUUACUAAUACAUCAGUUGUUGUUGAACUAAAUGUUGACAAAAAGAAUAAACGGCAGACACCUACGACGAGUAAACCUUCAUCAGCAAAGGAACCAGUUAUGAAAGACGAAGAAGGAAACGAAGGUGUCAAUGAAGAAAGUAAAGAAGAUAUUGCUUCUAGAGAAGAAAAUGAGAAUGAAGAGAAGUCAAGUCAACCAGCACCAGUUUUGGAUACCCUGAAGGUAGCUGCAGACGAUGCUGAACAUAUUCUAGCCCGUGAACAGACAACACCAUCUGGUAUCGCUUAUCAAUCAGAAUAUAAUAAUUUAAAGUUAGAAGUUGGUAAAUUAAAAGAAUCAAUCAAUAAAUGGCAGGUGACACUGGAUUUCUCCCGAUCUGACAACGAUAACACUAAUGACACUAUUGAAAAUGGAUUUGAUGAAACCUUGACUAGCGGCUCUAAUUUAUGCGGACCAAAACAGGUUGAUGUAGCCGCUGUUUCAACUGGUCUAAUGUUCGUUACACAUGUCGAUUCGAACUGGUCAUUCGGUGCAGUGUCUACUGGUGCUUCUCUACCUGGCGGUGGUAAUACCUCUACUCUAUCAGAUCAAUCGACAACAACAACAACAACAUUACAAGUAGAGCCAUUCAGUUUUUUCGUGGAUAUUGCUAGACUUUCAUCAGAAUGUGAUAAACUCCAUGCAAAGCUGAAAGCAAAUCUCUUUCAAGUGAUUAGUGUUUGUGAGAAUUGGCAACAAUUAGUUGAAGGUAGAGAUCGACUUGUUGAACAAGUGAAAGAUUUACAAACACGCUCAACAGAUGCAUGUUAUACAGUUAGUUCUAUGGGUGAUCCAUUGAAAACAGAUAAAGCUGUUGGUAUAAGACUUACACGGCUAGGUAAUCAAUUAUUAGAUUGGCAGACAGAAUUGAAUUCCGCUGGUAAUGAUACGGAAGAGGUGAACAAGAAUGAACAACAAGCUGAGAAGGAGACACUCGUGGAUAAAACAAAUCUACCAAGUGAAGCUGUUGUUAUUAUUCAACGGUUAGGGGAUCUUCGGCGGGCUGGUGAUCGGAUUGUCAGUUCAACACCAGCCCGUGGACCGAAUGUUGACAGUCUAUACAAUACUACAAUUCAAUGCAUACGUCUGUGCGCUAUUCAUUUAGGUGAACUUGGCAGACAUAGUAUUCUCCUUUCUGAUGUUUUAUCAAAACGUGAAGAAUGCUUGAAUCAACUGACAGAAUUUAUUAAUGAUGUCGAGAAACAAAGUGGUCUGAUACCAGUGAGUGAUUAUUCAAGCUUUUUCGGUGAUGAGUUACCUCAACAGGAAACUGCUAAAGGACAAGUGGGCGAUCAGCAACAGGAGGAUGAAACCACCAUGGUGAAACAACCUAUUCCCGAAGAAAUUAUAUCACAAUUAACAAGUUAUGAAUGUAUGGAUGUUUGCAGGUUAUUAAGUGUUGAUAGUACAAAAGAAGUGGAUCAGAGACUCUUGCCGAUACGCGCGGCUUUAGACUCCCUUUUAAGUAAACAAGACAGUAUGUUUCUUCAGUUGCAUCAGUUAUGCUCCUUAGCCUUACAAACAUAUCAUAGCUUUCAUACAGAAGUGUGUAAACGUCAGAAACCGACGUCAGAUGUUGAGGACAACCAAACGGAAGAACAGUCUACUACUAGUAGUAGAUCUUCAGAUCCAUUUCGUGAUGCAAUCAUGAAUCGUUGGCGUCGAUUACAAUUUCUCAUGGAGACAGCAAUUCAACAAUUAUCUAUUCGACGUGGCGCUUUCAAAUACAUUGAAGAUGGUUUCAGUGAAUUAGAAUCAUGGUUAGGCGGGACUGAGUUAACUCUGGAGACGUGUAGUUCACAGUUGGCUGCUAGUUCUGCAGCUUUUGCUAUCCUUCUCCCUUUAAAUAAUAUGACGCGUUCACAACUGCCAUCCGAUGAAGAGUUGGAGUUCUCGGAAAAUCCUCAAGUAUUACUUGAUACAUAUACUACUGAAGUUGUCUACUAUUCAAGUUUAUUAAAUAGUAUUUCUGAGCGUAUCGGUGCUGAUUUAGCUGAUCGGAUUACAGUGAAAAAGACAUUCGAUGCCCUGGAAUGGCGAUUGCAUAGAUUACAAAAAUCAGCUGAUCAUUUAACGCAUCAAUGGAAUGAAGAAGGUGAAAGAUGCGAACAACUACAAGUUGAUAUGCGUAAAUUUGAUUCCCUACUGGAAUCGAUUGGCAAAGAGUUAACUGCUUCCUUUGAUUCAUCAUCUGCUUCUGCUUCUGACGAAUUAAACAAUCGCUUAUCACAACAAUCAGGUACUACUGAUUUAAGUAGUAUAAAAGUGAUCGCAACACAAGCAAAUAAUUAUCUAUUGCAAUUAUGUAAAGCUCAAUGUAUUCGUUAUCGAUUAACACGUCUACGGGAGCAUUCACUUUGGCUACACGAUAGAGCACAUUUAUUAGCUAUAGGACCAAGCCGUUAUCAUCAUCGUUCAUUGUAUUCCUUAAAACAACAACCACAACAACAAGAAUCAUUCAAUGUGUCCAAUAAUGAAUGUGACAAAGUCACGUCUACAACUACAGCAGGUGUACUUAUGGAGAGUGAAUCAGUGUCGUUAAAUCAUCGUCUGUCCGGUUUAAUAUCAAGGUCAACAAAAUGUGUGCAUAUUUUACAUCUGAAAGUUAAUCAUUUAUUUUUUGAUAUUGCACAAAAUUUUCAUUUAUGGUUUAAUGAUUUACAGUCGAGAAGUGUUGAGUGUCAAUCAACUAUUCUAUUAUUAUUAUCAUCAUCGUCAUCAUUAUUAUCGGAAAAUCGAUUGAUGUCUAAAGCAACUAUGAUGAAUACAACUCAGGCAAAUGUAUCGUCAAUUGAUAAUAAAAGUGAUCAAUCUUCAUCAGUUCAAAUUUUAUUCAUGGAAAGUAUAUCAUCUAAUUUGGAGGUAUUAUAUACAACGAUACAAAAUUUAGAAGAGAAAACUCAAGAAUGUGAUUCUAAACUGGAUUAUUUAAAAGAAUUAGCUAAAAUUAUGCUACGUUCACAAUUCAUCGAUAUUGAUCCAACCGUCAACAAUCAACCGGAAGCCGAUCAUCAUUCUACAAAAGACACAAAUCAACUACAACCAUCCCCCCCAACAGAUCUUGAGGCGAUUCAUCAAACAACACCAACAACUGAAUCUCUUUUAAAAUCUAUUGAAGAUCAAGUUGAUGAACAACUCACUGUAAUUAUCUCAAAUACAGACGUCGCUAAUAGUGAUCCGUCAGUUAUGUUGACAAAUCUCAACUCAGAUACCUUAUCAUUUACUCAAUCGAAUUCAGCAAAUCAAUUGAUUCGAUUAUGGGAAGGUCAAUUAAUUCAAUUGUGUAGUCAAUUGAAACAAUUUGAAUCAAGAGUGAAUACAGCACGUCAGAUAAUUGUACAAUCUCGACAGUAUGAAAAUUCAUUAACAAAAACGCUAAAAAAUUAUGAAAGUCAAUCGAAACGAUCACUUUUUUGGUCAAAGAAAAUCACUAUUGAUUUGUGUAAAAGUCGUCUUAAUGAAUUACAGCAAUUACUUACUGAUUCAGAGGGAACAAGAAGUGAAUUAAAACAAGCUCAUGAAACAUUUCAUCAAUUAGUCAAACUGUGUGAUACAUCAUCAUCAUCAUCAAACCCUGAAUCAUCAGCCUUUCAACUCUCUGAUACUCCUACUGCCUUUGAAGAGUCCACUCAGGAGACUACUGAUGUUGUCAACAACAUUAAGUCAAGUAAAUCUGUUGUUUAUAAAUCUGCUAUCCUAUUGGAUAUUGAAUUAAGAUUAACCGAUUUAAUUGUAUGCCUGAGAAAAGCAAUUCAUCAUACCACUGAGUUGAUAUCUGCUCUUGAAAGUCAACAACGCUUAUACAAGGAUGCAGAUGACUGGUUGUCAGAGGCUAUAAGUCAACUGGAGAAUAUUAUAACAGAGAAACAGAAAACGUCAGCAAGUCAUGAUAAGGCUAAAAAAUAUCUUGAUUUAUUUCAGAAACUCAAUGAAAAUUCGUCUGCUGGACAGUCUAAAGUCCAGUCAGCUCAAAGUGCUAUUGAACAGGCCUGCUGUUUACUGCUGACAUCAGAAUCUUUCCUUCCUAAACCUGCCGCUGACAUCACUUUAUCUCCUAUUGACGAUGAUAAUGCUGGCGAUAAUGCAAAAUUGAUGACAGAUGAAAAAUCCGAUCAUCAAACAGCAUCACUAAUUAUUGCCGAUCAAUCAUCCUUUACAAGCAUUUCUCAUUCAUAUCGAUCAAAAUUUAUCACUGAAUUACACAGUCAUCUGUGUAAUUGCUCUCAAUCACUUCGUAAUCGUCUCGACACCUAUUUGGAUGAGAUUGCAGUACAUCUGAGUGAAAUAGAAUUAGAUCUGGGUCAAUGGACAUCGUACACUGAUUCGAAAUCACGUCUUGAACAAUGGUUGAGCGAUGUUGAAGUAGCCUGGAAAGUGGAUCAGUUAACAACUGAUGAAGAAUCAGAUGAAAUAAUUGUUGAAGAUGAUUCAACAAAGAGAAUGUAUUACAUCACGCUGUACAAGCAACGUCUACAAGAUAUCCAUUCGCAUGAAAAUCUUUUAAACACUGUUAUUGAUCGUGGCAAUCAAUUUACGCAUAAAAAUACAGAUAGCAAUGAAGAAUUAUUCCUUCCAACUGAAGAAAUUCUUGCAUUUCGAAAACGUUUUGAAACCCUUAAAGAAUUUACAAAUUCACGUCUCAAUCGGCAUGAAGAUCGUUUAAAAAGAUAUCGUAAAUUUUUAGAACAAUAUGAAAAAUUUGAUGAAUGGCUAUCAAAUGCUGAGAAUAGAAUCAUCUACAUUAUAGAAGAUUUAGCUGAAAAUAUUGAUUAUUUAUUGCCUGAUAUGCUGGAUAAAAUGGAUAUUGAUUUUUCAGUUGAGAACAGUAAUUCUAUAAAGAGAAGUGUUAAAUUAUCCUCAUAUAUUGAUGAAAUUAAUAAAUUAUGGUUAUCUAUCCUAACAAAUUCAGAGGAUCAGUUGCACACUAUUGACACAUUGUUUCAAUCGAUACGUGAAGAGAUUCAAAACCCUGUUGACCUUGAAACGAAAAUCAAUACACGUAAAGAUCAUUUAUAUGUUACAUUACAACAGAAAAUCGAUGAUCUCAUUGAAAAGUUGAAAGAAUAUCAACGCAUCGGUGAAGAAUUUUUCAAUAACUUAUCAAGUAUACAAAAAUAUUUAACUGAUCAAGAGAAGAGAUUGUUAAAAUUCUCUCCUACCGUCGGACAAGUUGGCGAUGAGUCGUCAAAAUUGUCAGCUGUAUCGACCAGGAUGACACCUUUACCUGAUAGUCAAGAGGAGAAAAUAAGGCAUAUUGAAACAUUGAAUCAAAUAUCUACGGAUUUAAAUAGCCUGGAGUGUUCAAGAUUAAUUGAAACGCUAAAUGAUUCACGUGACCGUUUAAUAUCUUUAUUAAAUAUCAUUCGACAGUUGAUAAGUUCAUCAUCGUCGUCACCUCAUCCACGGAGUAUUGUAAUAAGUAGUGAUCGAUUAGACAAGUAUUUAAAUUACAUUAAUCAAUAUUUAACACGUUUAAAAAAUCAAUGUGGAGAUUUAUUAAAACAUUGGCAAUUAGCUGUUGAUAAUCAUAAGAAAUUUGUAGAAGCCUACAAAUCCUGUCAAAUAGAGCUUACCACAAUUCGAACAACUUUCACACAAGGUUACUCAGAUGUGGAUCAGAGUAUGACAGUUGUUGUUGAUAAUUGUUGGAGUAGAGGUGACCAAUUGUAUACACGUCAGUUAGUAUGGUUAACAGAUUUAACACAUAGACUGGAUCGAUUCAGUGUUAUAUCAUAUCAGUCAUGUAUAGAAUUGUUACAGGCAACUUCUCAAUCAACUAGCAUGAAAGGAUAUGAUUCGUUGAAUGAACAAUUGAUACAAUUGAAACAAUCAGCAAAUCAAUUAUCCAAUGAAAUCAAUACAUAUUAUCAUCGAAUUGAAUCGGCUAUGAGCGCACACUUAAGAAUUGUUGAAGAGAAACGUGAACUUGAAAGUUGGUUAACUGAAGAAAAACAGAAGAUCGAUGAAUUGAUGAGUAAGCCACUGACCAUGACAUCUUUGGGUGGUGGUGGUGGUGGUAUAUCAGCCUUAUCAGCAUCAGCAUCAUCAACGUCCUUCAUAAAUUCAUUGAAUGUUCACUUAUCUUCAUGGUCUCAUGUAAUAAGUGAGAGACAGUCAAUUCUACAAAGCUUAAAAAGAAUUCUUCAGAAUUUAUCUUCACGUAGUCAACAAUUACGAUCCUUCGAAGAACGUCAAUCGCUGGCUGUUUUAAACUUUAAAACUUAUCUUAUUGAUCGUGUAAAAACCAGUGGCGAUGAUGCUGAUGGCGGUGGUAGUUCUGAUACGUCGUCAUCAGCAAUUGUAGCUCUUAAAAACAUUACUAAUUUAUUAAAUGAAGAUUAUACCAGCCUGAUAAAUCGUAAUAAAGAGAUCAUUGCUCAACUGGAGAAGAUCAUUGAACUAGACACAAAAUUUUAUGAUUUCACUAUUUCCCUAUCAUCAGAUAUCAACAGUCUAUCGGAUAAUCUUAAUGUUUAUGAAAAGAGUUUAGGUGAAAUGAAACCUCCGUUGCUGUUUGUCAACGAUGGUGGACUAAUCAACUCCCAAGAAUUAUGGACACGUGAAUUAGUACAGAAUAAGAUCAAUGAAUUAAAUCAACAGAUGAAAGGUGUUUGUCUAAUGAAGAGUAUUCAUGAAAAAUUAAAAGAUUUACAAGAAAUAUCAUCAUCAUCUAAUUGUAUAGAACCUGAAAAGAAUAUGGCUAAUGAAAUAGUCGAUUUACUGAAGACGCAAAUUAGCCAAUCAGAAGAGAGAAUCGACCAACUCAUUGCUUUAUACCAUUUGAUAUUGAGUCAAAUGCAAGAUAUGCUGAAGGCGAUUCAAUGUCAAGAAGAAUGGCAUAAACAGGUGGUAAACAAGAUAGAGUUAUACAGUUCACAGUUGCCGAUUGAUUUAGAGGCUAAGAAGGCGUUAGUAAAACAGUAUCAGACCAUUCUAUCCGAAGUUACUGAUCACAGAACAGAAAUCAAUGAAAUACUGAGGAACUGUACUAACAACACAAUAUCUUCAUCAGUUACACCUCCGAAAGCUGUUGAAUUAACUGAGCCAACUGAAGGUACAACAUCAGAUCCUCCUGUGAUUAAAAUAUAUCCCGCUGAUAUUCAUUUAGUGAAACGUUUGAAAACAUUUGAUCAUGAAUUGAAUCAAACAUUUGAAAAAGUAAAUCUACAGAUAAGUAGAUGGAAAUGUGCUGUAAUUCGUCAUGAGAAUUUUAUACAAUCAAUAAAAACUGUUGAAACAGUAUUGAUUCAAUCGGCGCAUAAUAUUUACUAUUGUGCUCAACGCAUUUUAUGCCAAGAAAAUGAGGCAAAUGACGUUGAACUACUUAAAUUCCCUGCAAGUAGUAUACUCAUAAAAUGCAUAAAUAUUUUAAAAACCUAUAUCGAUCCAAGGCUGAUGGAAGUUAAUCGAUUAUUAGAUGAUAUUAAUCUGACUUAUGACAGUAUUCUUGUAGACACUUGUGCAGAAAGUAUGAAUAGCUUCAAAGUUCAAGUGAGAGGUAGUCAGAGGCAAUUGACAAGUUUGGAGCAUCAACUGCACACAUUACAAUCGUUUCUAGCGAAUUUAAAUGACAGGCUUGAAUUAUUUCAUACACUUGAGAAAACUACGAAUGAACGGCUUUCAAAUAUUAUUGAUCGUAUUCAAUCUGAGGGUGUAAAUUUAUGCUCCACUUCUGUACAAGAGAUUAAAAGAUACAUUAACAGCUGGCAUGGGAUCAGGGAGAGAGCUAAACAGAUGCGUCAAUCUUAUGCAGAGGAAAUGACACCUUUAAUUGAAGAAUUUCAACAGUUGAAAACGGAACAUUCACAGUUCUUAGAGGUGUACAGAAAGAACUUUACACUUUCAUGUGUUGACAACGAAGAUGAAUAUUUACAGGAACAGCUGUCUACAAUUGAAUUCAUCACAGUCCAAUCAACAUUCAAUCAACGAAGCGAAAAGUUAUCGGAAAUCGUUAGUUUUAUUGAUACAAUUAUAAGUAUAAUCGAAACAAUCAGUACUGCAUGGUGUAAAGCUGAACAAAAGUUUACUCAAUGCCGUGCAUGGCUAAAUGGACUAACAAAGAAAUUUGUACAAAUAGCUCAAAGUCAAAGCGUCAGUGUAGAUAAUAAUGAGACAAGAUCAGAGGUGAUGAUGAAUGUUGAUGUAUCACCUUCAUCGGUAUCGCCGACUUCUAACUGCGUUGUAGGUCAAUUGGAUCAUUAUACAGCUCAGACACGUCUUUCACUCUUAUUGGAGUUUCAAGCAGAACUGAAUCAAAGUCACCCGCUUCAUUUUGAUGAAUAUCGUGAUGCCCUGAAGACUAUUCAAUCAUUAGACACUAAAAUCAAUAGCCUAUAUGAUAUACUGAAAAAUCAAUUUGAUGUUCACGUGACGGAUAGUUUAAAAUUGAAUCAAACUACAUUGAUAUGUAAGUUAGAAGAAGAUCUUGAAAAGUAUCUGACUGAAUGGAAGACACUGAAUGAUCAAGUGGACAGUACUCACAAAGCUACACAUCAGUAUUUAGAGCAGGUGGAAGAAAUUGAAGUUAAACAAUCAACUAUACGUAAAUUGCUUACAGAGCUUGAACAGAAAGCACUGAUGGGACCUGAUUCUUCCAUAAUGACAGAAUUGAUUGCUUUAGAGAAAGAAAGUGCUACAAUGACUUACUCAUCAUUUCAACAGUCUACUAAUGAUGGAGAGCUUGUUCAAGAGGAUGCAAUUGUUGCCGAAACCUUUGAGAAGCUUAUAACAGCUCAAAAGAAUAUUAUCGAUUGGUGGGAGGUGUUUACCAAACAACUGGAAGAGGAAAUCCCCAAGGUGAAAGAAGAUAUAAAAGCAAUCAAUACAAUGGCUUUCCCAUCUCCAACUGGACUUUUAAACCAAUUAUUACGUGUGGAGGAGAUUUCAGUUAAAGCUCAUGAAUUCCUCCACCUAAAUCAAGAAGGUUUAACCUCUUUGAAUGACAUUAUCAAGUCUUGGCAUACAUGGCAAUACUGGUGGACUGUUGAAAGUAAAGCCAGUGAUAUUUUAACACAAGGCGGUGGUGGUGGACCGUGCAAUCUGGUCAACAGUACAACUGCAUUCAACAACGCAAAAAAUCUUGACACAACUGAGCUGAUUACUGUACACGAACAAUUAAAACAUCUGAAUGAAUUAAAUGAAUCCCAAGGAAAGAUGAAGUUAAUUGAUUUAACAGAUAAAUUGAAUCUUCUUCAAGUAUUCAGUGAAAAAUUAAAAAAUCCAAUCAUCAAUUGUAUCAUUUCACAAAGCCAUCAACAACAACAACAACAAUAUCCUCUACCAAAUCAGUUAAAUCAAUAUCAAACAACACCAUUACAAAUGACUAUUGUAUUCAUUCAACGGUUAAUACGUCUGGCCAAUCAUCAAUAUUCAUUGAUUUUUGAUGAUUUACCCUUAGCUAUUGAUCAGUUAAGUAGUAAAAUUACAAUAAUCAAUAAUUUUUUAAAUGAAUACAAUCAAUUCAUUCAAAUUCUUAAUGAUAAUGAAAAAUCGAUUGAAAAGUUGGAAAUAUUUUUUAAACUGCGGGAUAAUAAUAAUAAUAGCAGCAAUCAAGUUAUAAAUGAAAGAAAAGAGAAUUCUUAUCAGGUGUUACAAUUAUUAAAUAUUGAUUUUAGCGAAAUGACAAAGGAGUAUUUUGAAGUCAAUUUUGAAAAUUUACUAUCUAUGAGUAAUGGCAAUCAAUCAAUUCGAUGGAAUGAAUCAAUUUGUAUUGAUUUUUUAAAUCAAUUAACAAUGUCAGUUAAAUUAUUGUCUAAAAUGACUCAGUCAAAUAGUGAAAAACUCUAUUCCUUAGAAAAAUCUUCAUGUAUGCUAAAAGUUUUAAUCAGUCAGACUUCCCAACAGUCGUCUCCCACGGGACAAGAACAAUUCAAAUUGAUUGAAUUAGAAACUGCCAGCUCACGUUAUUCCCAAUUGGUUAAACGAACUCAAUUGAUUGUAAGAGGAGCUGACUCUUAUAGGGAGAUAAUCAAUAAACUUAUACAAACGUAUAAUUCUCUUGAAGAGUGGAUUAAACAACUUGAACGGAAUAUUACAAAUUAUGCUAAUCUUUCAGGUGAUAGGCAUACACUACAAACAAGACUUGAAUUAGUCAAAAAACGACUUGAUUUGAGCCUAUUGACCAAUGAGGCGUGUAAUCGAUUCACCGAUGUAAACAAAUACGCCAUGGAGUGUUUUGUGCAUUGUCUCCCACCGCAAUAUCAAGAUUUCAUAUUGGCUGUAGAUAAUAUCGACGUGGAAAAAACUGCUAGUCAAAUAUUUGAGAAUUUUUUAAACCUUCCAAUGAAUUGUGUUCACCUGUUAAAGGUAUGGUUCGACUGUUGUGAACGCAUUGAAUUCAUACUGAAGUCAUUAUCACAAGCUAUAGAAACAUGGCAAGUGUUUGAAGUCGCUUGUGAUACCUCACAGUUGACAUGUCGUCGGAUUGAAAAUUGGCUGAAAGAACAGUCGAUGUCGUUGGUGAAUAAACCAGAGGAAAUUGAACAGAAGUUGGAGUUAUUGCAGUUUGUCUGCAGUAGAUUAGAGGUGAAGCUCAAUGUAGACGCUUGUGAAGACAGUGAAGUGUCUGACAACAGUGGUGCUGCUGCGGCCACAUGCCAGCCAAACUGUGAAGUGGGACGACAACACGAACAAGUUCUUGAGUUUCUCAACGAAUUAACAUUACACGUGGGACUGUUAAACUCUACCUUAAAGCGUCUUCCAAAUCGUCGACAUCAAUUAUACUCUAGAGAUGUGGCAAUUGUCGACGAUACUGUUGAGAAUGUAAACGACGACGACGACACUCUGGAGGCGAUGGCAAAACCAACGUCAACAACCGCAUCAGAGGUGGUAGUGUCCGAUUCUUAUGAUUCAGCAAUGAAUCGCAUCAAAGGCAUUACAGUUCUAUUGAGUUAUCUACAGAAAGUGACAAGAGAAGUUAUCGAUCUUUGGAAAAUUCGUGUAAAACUGUUCACCGAGUGGAAUUGUAAAAUACAGAAUACAGAGGAAUCUCUUGCCAGACUGUGCGUACGUACUAGAAAGGUGAAAGAGAAAUUUACUUCUGUCGGCGAAGAAGAACAAGAAGAAGAAGCACUAGGAGUAACGAUACUUCUAACUAAUACUGACAUUGAUGACAACAACGAUAUUGAGGGUGUUAAAACAAUCGAUGACUAUAUAACACUGAUUGAUGAUAUUAUGAAGGCCCGUGAACUGAUUGGCGCUGAAUUCACUGAAUUACGUAACCGUCUGUGUAAUAUGACCACUUUUAUCGAUCGUGUUGGGCAUAAUAGUCAACAGCAUAGAAUGGGUGAAGUACAAAGGAAUUGGGAGGAGUUAGGCAAUAGUCUGAUGAAUUUACACCGGAAUCUUGAACACAGAACUACACUAUGGACUGAUUUAACCGUACAAGUUGCAAACCUAUUCAAUUGGUUCAAUGAAUUCAAUGAUCGUAUUCAAACAUGGCUUCAGUCUCGACCAUGGCUUAAUGUACAUAGCUUAAAUGACAAAUUGGAUGCUUCCUCAUCUAACACUUUACAAGAGUCAAUGAAAUCAUCUACUACAACGCUAAUUUUAAAUGAAUUUAAACAAUAUUCAAAAGAAACAAAUAAAUAUAUUAAACAAACUGAAUCAUAUUUAAAUUUAGCGCGCGCACAACAUUCAAAAGUAGCAUAUUUUCAAACAGAAUUAAAAAGCUGUCAGUUAACUGACAUUCAAACAGAUGCUUAUAAUCAAUUAUGCAACAAGUUAAAUCAAUCUAUCGAUUUAAGUAAUCAACUCAUUGAGACACUAAAUACCACAUUCUCGAUUGGUAAUGAUUUCCAGGUGAAAAUCAAUAGUUUUAUCAAACAAUACAAGGUUUUCGUAUCUUCUAUGAAUGCUAUUCGAAUAGAAUUUGAUCAAUCGAUAAGUUCAAUACCAAAGAUUGAUCAAUUGAAAUCAGAUAAACAAAAUGUUGAUGAUGUUGAGGGAGUAAAAUCGUUAAUUAAAGAACGUUCACUGACAUUGAAUAAUUUAAUCGAUCAAAUUGGCGAUGGACAACAGUUGAACAAUUUAUUGAUUGAUACAUUGAAUGAAAAGAUUGAUCAGUCCUUCGAAAAAGCAGAAGAGGGCGAAGUCAAAGAUGAGGUGGCAGACGGUGAAAAUAAACAGUCGAAGCGAAUAAUUCUUGUCUAUCUAUUAAGAAAUCUUCUCAAGAAAGCCUACGAUAUAGAUGCCUACCAAAAUGCUUUAGAUGGCGAUGAAGUAACGCAUCCUACCUAUCGUGCUGUAAGAUGUUUAAUUUAUGAAUCAAUACAAUUACGUGAAACACUGUCACAAAAACUGAUUACAAUCACUAAUGAAACAGAAGAUCAGUUAAGAUUAGAUUCAAUGUUAAAUCAUUUCGAUCAACAGUUGAAACUGCAUCAAGAUGAAAUGAAUCAGCUAGCGAAUCGAUCAAUAUAUCGAUCAAAAUCAUUUGAACUGAAUUCAAUCGAUAAUAUGAAUAACAAUGAAAAUACUGUGUUGCCAGUGAAAUCUUCAAGUUUAAAUACACCCACUGAUAUUGAUCACAAUAUAAACAUGUAUUUGAGUCGGUUAAAACAAACCGCAGAUGAUUGUGGUGACAGAAUAGCUCAAUUAGAAAAUUCUCUACACUGGAUGACGUCUACAGGGAAGGAUGAUUUAUUCAACAUUGAACAAACCUUAAAUAAUUAUCAACAGAAAAUUGGUAAAUUAGAUUUGAAAUUUUCACGUUGUUUUAAUGAAUUAAAAUCGAAGCAUGAAAUCACCUUGAAUAAAAUGCGGAAAUUUAAAAAUCAGCUUACCAAAGAAUAUGAAUCAUGGCAAGAAUUUUUAACGAAUGAAGAGAAAGCCGACAGUUGGUUAUCGAAUAGUGAACUAUGCAGUAAAAAGGUGCUAUUUGCAAUCGAUAUCUCUGAGAAUGAAGACGAUGAUGAGAAUAAUGAUGAUAAUAAUAAAAGUUCUGAUGAACAUGUAGUUAAAGCCGUUGAUGAUAAAGAAUUGCUUUCAAAACAGUUAACAAGUUUGGAACAAUUAGAAAUUGAUUUCAAAGAACAUGGUAAAGAAUUACGUGAACAUGUUGAACAGUCAGCACGUCAGCUGUUGUUCAAUCUUAUUCCAAAUUCAUUUAAAUCUUCAUCUAUUAUCGAUAAAACAAAUAAUAAUAAAUCCGAUAUUAUUGAUUAUAUUAAUAUAGUUGUUGAACAUCUUUUCAAUCGAUAUAAUCAAUAUAAAUUAAGUCUACAAACAAUUCAUUCUAAUCUUAGUGAAAAAUAUUUAUGUUGGUCAAAGUUGGAUAGUAAUUUACAACAAAUGAAUCGUUGGUUACAUAAUAUCGAUCUACAAUUGAAUACAAUGGAAAUGGAGACAAAUUCAUUAUCAACAAUAUUGAUUAAUGAUAUAUCAAUGCAUAAAAUCGAUGAACAUUUUGCUAUUCAUCAAUUAAAUGCAUGGUGUAAUUCAAAAUUAUGCAUUUUAACAAAUCUGCUAGAUGAACUACGUCGAUAUAGUGAAACUGAGUUAAUUCAACUAGAGGAACUAGUACAAGCACAAUGUUCUAUUGAUCGAAUGCUCAAAGAACAUUCUUCUAACGAUAGCGAUAACAAUAAUAAUAAUAGUGAUAUAAUAUCGGGGAAGACGUCUUCAUCGUUGGGAAGAGAUGCUACAGAUCGAUUGAAUUGUAUCUUUAAAAAAUACGACCAGUUAAAGGGUCGUUUAGAAUCAUUGAUCCACUUGAAUCAUGUUAUACUGAACUUAUGUGAGAAAUUUGUCCGUAAACGAUGUGAAAUAUUUCAAUGGUUACUGAGCCAACGUCGUGAAUUAGACCGGUUAAUGAAUCAAACUGAGUCGUAUUCAUCAUCAUCAGUGCAAUCACAGGCGAUGACGAAACAGAUCUCAUCAAUGCCUAAUACUGAAGUAAGCAAGUUGUGUCAGCUGUUUGAUAAAACCACUUGCGAUUUAGAAGACUUCAAAACAUCCCUUUCAGUGACAUAUCAGGAGAGCUUGGGUGAUUUAAUUAAACUGAUUGAAGAGUUGGGUCAGAUGACACCGUUAAGAAUGGAACCGGCUGAAACGUAUGUAGCUGAUUUGAAAAGAGAUGUAACCGAGUUUUUUAAUCAUGUUACUCAGAGAUUGGAGUAUUUUCGUGUAUGGAGUGAACAGUGGUCAAAUUUCUCCCUUGAUUGUAAUACAUUAAGCCAAUGGCUAAGUGAACAGUGCUCAUCGCUGCUAUCGAUAUUGUAUGCUGAGUCUAGUAGUGGUACUGGUAGUAGUACAUCUCCUCAAAUCAAGACUACAUUAUCACAAAUUACAAGUUCUGAUAUGAUUGAAAAAGAAUUCAACCGCCUGACUGAUCGGGUGAGUAGAAGUCGUCAGUUGAGAAUCGAUUUAAUCGGACGUCAACCAUGCAUAGAAUCAUUAGUAAUGACUGCUCAAAGUUUGAUUAAAUCACGAAUCAUUUCAUCGAGUGGGGGUGGGCGAACAAUCGAUGACGCACUGAAAGCACUGUCAUCAUCAGCAGCAGCAGACGAGUCGGCUAAGUCUCACUCACUAGCUGUCGGUGGUAACAUCGCCUUGAAUGCUGCCACACAUCUAAUGGAACAGUAUCAAACCUUGCUAAGUGUAUGCGAUCGUCGCUUAGAAACAGGACAGACACUACAAAAGAUGAUUGAACAACUGUUAACCUCUUGUAAAAGUUAUGAUCAAUGGGCGUGUGAGUUACGUAUGAAGAUAUCUGAUGUAGAACCUCAAUUGACUGCAUAUGAAUCAUGUUCAGUGACGUCAGGGGAUUCAGAUAAUAAAUCCAGCAUGAUUCGAAUGUCUAUAGUCGAUAUGGAAAGUAGAAUUGAAUCUGGUGAGAGUUUAAUUCAAGUGAUCAAAGGUUGGACAGAUCAAUAUACAACAGAAUCAAUAAUGCAAGGUAAUCAGUAUCGUUCAGAAAUUGAAACUUUACUACGUUUAACUAAAUACGAUAGCAGUAAUUUAGAUCAAUUGAAUUCAAUACAAGAAUUGGAGAAUGAUAAUAAUCAAUCGAUGAGUGUUUCAAUUUACACUGAUAUGGAUUAUUACUCAUUGAAAUCGAUAGUUCAAUCAUUACGUGAUCGAUAUGAAAAAAUUGUAAAAUCCGUUAAUCAGCGUAAUUUAUCUCAGGAGAAAUUUACAAAUUUAAUUGAAACAACUGAAAAUCAACUAGAGUUGAUUAACGCGCAUGUGAAUCUCUAUGAUUUAUCAAAAAUUAUCACCUUGUCAACAGAAACAAAAAUCGAUGAUUUUGAUAAAUUGAUUGAAAAUGUGACAAAUCAUUUACACAGUGUUUCAGAAACAAUUACACAAUUAGCAAUAGAUACUAGAAAGUAUGAAGCAGAAAUGAAAAACUCAGAAUUCACUAUUGAUUCACAAUUAGGAAAUCGUUUCGCUCAAGCCGCUCAGGGGAUUCAAUCAACUCAUCAAGAAAUAUCAACCCUUCUUAGAUUAUUUCAUCAAUUUCACAAUGAAGCACAAAUAUUUUCUGCUUGGAUUAUUGACUGUGAGACAAAAUUUAUUCGAUUAUCUGAAGGUGGUGGUGAUUCAAAUCGAUUGGCGGUGUUUUUUCACUCAGAUAGUUUGACACAGUAUAUGGAUGAUCAUGGGGAUGAUGCUGAUGAGCGUAUUAUGCAUCAAUUAGAUGAAUCAUGCCGAAGUUUAAUUUGUCAAUUGACUGAAGCUAAACAAAAGUUAUUGAUUAUUAAGGAGAUCAACUCCGUCAUUGAAAGUCGUGGUCAUCAGUUGAAUAAACAGCUGAUUGAAUCAGGUGAACAGCUGACAAGUAGGCUGAAAAUAUUAGAAGAGUCUGGUGUCCAGUUGAAGUCUACUACAGGAGAUCGUGCGGCAUCAGUGACUUCAUCGAAUCGAUUAAGUGUUAUUAUUCAAAAUUAUAUUGAUCAAUUACAAUGUCGUUUAAUACGAUUGGAUAGAAUUCAAAGUGUUUUUACGACAAAUCUAACUGAAUUAGUCGACCGUUGGACAGAUUGGAAGAAUAGUUUCGAUCGAUUAAUUGAUUGGUUAAAUGGUACAGCGACUAAUUUGAGACGACCGAUUUUUCAUUCACUUGAUUCAUUGUCUACUAAACAACAAUUGGCGAAUAGUUUAAAGGCAUUCUAUCAAGACUGUGUUGGUAAGAAGGCUGAUUUCGAUUUGUGUUUACUGAAAGCGAAUCAUGUGAAGAGUUUAGCGCCGAAUUGUAAUCUCCCCAAUCAAAGUGAACAAUUGUUUGAACAGUAUAAAAAUACAUUAGACACAGCCUAUGCUGCAUUACAACAAAUGCAGAAUUCCGUUGAAAUUCAUGAACAGUUUGAUUCAGAUGUUGCACGUAUUACUCAAUGGCUUGAAAAUAUCGAUUUUCAACUGAACAGUCUAUCGUCAUCGGUUGAUGAAAAUACAGAUCGUGUCACGCUGGAGCAAAAUCUUUUAGCCUGUCAAAAUCUCUCAGAAAUGAUCACCUGUCAAUCAGAAACACUUAUUUCACAGUUAGUGAUUAUCUCUGAUCAAGUUUGUCGAACAACAGACUCUUUAACAAAUAAAGAAAUAUUAGAUAAAGUCGAUGUAUUUCGUCAAUCAAUUCGAUGUAAAGCUCAACAAUUAACAGAUAUUCAAACAGAUAUUGAAACAAAAUUAGGCAUAAUAACAAAUUGGGAAAAUGCUAAAUCAAAUGUUGUCAAUAUUUUGAAUGGAAUUUGUCAAAGUCUGCUGACGACAACUGUUCUACACCGGAAAACAUCUGCCCAUCAUCAUCAGCAGCAACAACAAGUUCAACCAAUGACAUUGAAUAUUUUACUGACUGUAAAAGAAGAACAUUUCAAACAGUUCCAGAAUAUCAAAUCUGAACUUGAACCAGUUCAAAUGAAAAUAGGUGAAUUAAGAAAAUGCACAGAGAAAUAUUUACAAUUUGAACGUAGAUUAGAUAUUCAGAGACAAGUUGAUCAACUGGUUGAUAAGUAUGCAAAAAUCCAGAGUGAAAUAGACAUACAUCUAGUGAAAAUCGAUAAAGAAUUACAAAAUCUACGUGUAUUUCAUACAAAAAUCGAUGAAUCCAAAAGUUGGCUACUACAAAUCUCUUUAAAGUUAAUGGCUAUCCAUUCAACGGAUGCUGAUGGUCCACAAGGUGUUAUACAAUUAGGACAAAUUGAAAAUCAUCUAAGGAAGCAUUUGAAUACUUUCAUGGAAAAUAAUUUAAUUGAAUUAAAGUCAUUGUUGAAAAAUUAUCCAACAGAACAAGAUUUAUCGAUCGAAAUUGAUCGAAUUGUACAUCGAUUAUUUCCUACUCCAUAUAAUGGUAGUGGUGGUGGUAUAUCAAUCAAUAGUGCUGAACAGAUUAUUGAUUAUAUGAAUCAACUGAAACAGAGUGUUGAAGGGUCUGGUGAACAAGAUGAUCAAUUUCAGAUAUCAGAGUCAGCAACAGCAGCACCAUCACCAUCAGGAGCAGCAACAGCAACAAGUGAUGAUCGUGGAAGAGUUCAUCUAUGGAAAGAAUUAUUUCAAUUAGAAAUUGUUCAGUUGGAAUCAAAUUGUGAAAACUUAUUAGUUAUGUGUAAACGUAUCAAGGAUCGACUUAUGGAACAACAACAUCGAUGGGCUAAAUUUGUCUCAGUUCUUCUUCGUAUAGACAACUUUUUACGCCUUGAAUUAGUGGAAUGGUGGAGGUUGGCAAACGUCAAGAAAUUGCCUUGUCUUAACACUGCCAAAAAUGAUGAUACGAAAGAAGGUAUCGAUGAUCACUAUGCUGCUACUGAGGAUCUGGAUGUCAGUGAUGAUGAAUCGACCAGUAGCAAUUCUUCAUUACAAUCUGAAAAUUCCAGAGAAGUACAACUUGUAUUUUUUGAAGAGAAUAGCCUGAUGAAAAAACAAGACAAAAAAGACACUUCAAAGCAAUCGUCGUCAUUAUCUAUUCAAGAAUUAUUAGCUGAGAUAACUAACGCGAAAGCUGUUCAUGCUAAAUUACAAAUAUACUUACAAGAAUUAUCAGCUGCUAGACAUCGUUGUUCUACACCGCCUCCACGUCCAACAGUCUCUACCAACUUGGCUUCACUCACUAAAUAUUAUGAUCCGUCAACUAUGUUAACUGAAAUCCUGGGGAGUACAAGUAGUCAAAAUGUGAAUAAUGUGAAUUCAUCUUUACCUGUAGGUGCAGGUAACAACACUACUACUGUUCAUGAAUUAUCAAGUAAUAAUAAAGUUCAAAUGUCUGAAGAAACAAUGAAUGCACUUAGUGGUUCAGAAUUACGCCGUAAAGCAUCACAUAUAAAUGAACAACUUGAAAUUGAAUUAAAACGACUCGAUAAACAUAUUGAAAGUUUACAAGAUCUAAAAGUUCGUUGGGAUCAACAAAAUCUUUGCGAGACUGAAUUUCUCAAUUGGUUACAUCAAAAACGCAAUGAAUUCGAUCAAAUUAUUCAUCAGACAUCUGCAUCACAUCUGCAACAACAAACUGAUCGUCAUCAUCAUUACACUCAAUUGUCCAAAGCAAUGGAUACAGCUCGAUUAGAUAGUCUACUCAAUGAGCUAAAGGCUAAAAAGACAAUUAUUGAACAAUUGAAGCGUCAAUCUAAAUCACUGAUUGACAAUAAUCGAGUAUCGGAUAAUAUUAAGUUAAUUGAGUCAGAAUAUGGAUUAUUAGUGACUAAAAUUCAAGAGAAUAUUAACAGUCGUCGUCUGCUUACAAAUCAAGCCUUAGAAGCGACUAGACUGACAGAUCGUCUACACUCUGAUCUACACGAUAUUGUUAAACGUUCAACAGGUAUUGAUACUGUUCAAUGUUCAACAGAUGUUGAGCUGAAAAAAAUGGGGUGGGAGCAUUCCAAUAAACAAUUGACUACUACUACUACUGGAAGUGUUAAGCCAUAUUCAUCAGGACAUCAGUACAAAGUUUCUAAACCUCCAUCAUUUUGUGGUCAUGCUACAAGUAGUUCCAAUCAUCAAUAUGCUGUGAUGACGAAACAUCAUCAUGAACGAGCAUCAACUCCUAUACCAAUGUCAAGUGUACAAUUAACACCACCAGCAACAACAACAGCUGCCGCUGGUCCCAUCAGUCAAUCUGAUUAUCAUGUACAAUCUACAUCCUAUAAACCAUUAGAUAAUUUAACAACACCAACAGCAACCGCUGCAACUGGGAUCGUUACCGAUUGGCUAUGGUUUUCUCCAUCAUCUCUUCUACCUGAUUCAUCUUUACAACAACAAGAAUUACCUAUAGAUAUUAAUGAAUCAUGGGAUAUGGAUCCUAUCCCAUCAGACGUAUUACUACCACCAUCCUCACGGCAUCAUCGAUGCGAUAUUGAUGACAAUGAAGUCGAAGGUGAAGGUGAUUUAGCCGAUAGAUCAAGAUCAUCUUCUCGAGUCUCUUUGAUCAUUCAACGACCAUGGAGUGCUUUUAGAAAAUUUGAUCGAAGCGUUAAAAACAGAAGGCGUGGAGAAAUCAGUGAAUCUGAUACAACAACAAGUAUAUCAAGAGAAGUAGAAUUAGGCUAUUAUAAUAAGCAUAGACCGAAGAGUAUAUUCAGUCAACACUUGAAACCGAUUCGGACACCAUUAUUGCAUAGACCUUCAAAUUUAUGGCGAUCUCAAUCGGCAAAAGUUUUACCACUUGAUGAAUCAAAUAUGGAUAAAAUGAUGGCUAGUCAAUCCAUCUGGAAUGUUUCAGGCAAUAUGGAUCCGUUGGAAGAUUCAACUUUCUCUGUUGAAAGGUAUACUACAUCCCAGAGUCCUAUGAUGAUUCCAAUGUUAUUACGUCGUAGUGUAUCACCGAUAGUGAGUAAAACUUUCGGUAGUCGGGGUGAUGGCCAUAGAAGACGGAUGAUACCGCUAGAGUUUGGCACUUCUAUAAGGCAUAGUGGAAUUGUAGAUAUUCGACCGUUGUCUGCUGUAAGUCGUCGUCAUCCUGAUGUAUCAAGUAGUCCAAAUCUGUUUGAUUAUCCUACUGCGGUUGCUUCACACUCGCGUGGCGGUGGUAUACAACAUUCAUUCAUUCUUGACAAACCUAUCAUCGGCACAUCACAUUCGUUUCCGUUCAGACCAUCAAUGAUGACUAGUGUAUCACACCAAAAUCUUCAAGAUGCGUUUAGAACACCACCACCGCCAGCACCAGGACCACCGCUUCAUUCAAUUCGAGUAUCAGGACUUAGUGGAUAUGAAUUCCCAUCGCCAAGUGUUUCCGAGUAUGAAAAUGUCUUUUCUUCUGGUCGUCCACAACCAAUGGGUGCUUCAAUAUCGGAUAAUCUUUUAUCACCGAAAAUUAAAUCAUCAACAAGUGAACAGGCUAUUUAUGAUUUGACACGUCGUAGAGCUACUGAACCGCCAUUUUAUCGUCAAGAUAGUAUAUCAUCAUUAAAUAGGCUUAGAAAUCGACAUACUGGUGUCAUCAGUACUACUACAACUGCUACCAGUAUUCCUAUUACAACUAACCAACAGCCCACCACUUCAUCAUCAGCAUUCGAUUCUAUUCGAGUUGUUCGCCCACAGACUAUAGCUCAAUUAGCAGUUCAACGUUAUCGUAAUCAACAAUUGCAACAAGAACGUCUCCAUCGACAACAGACAACAACAACAACGUCAAACAGCUGGAGAACAACGACAAUUUUUCAAGUGGAAACGUUGAAUGGGGUUCCAGUGUGAGAUGAUGAUCUUCCAUGACACAUCAGCAGCAGCAACAGCAGCAGCAUCGCCAACAUCAUUAGUGUGUAAUCAUUGUCAAAUAUUACCAUCCUCAUGAUCAUGAUCGUCGUCAUCAUUGUUUUCUAAUGAUCUCUAAUUGAUCUCAAUAAAAUGCUGUUAUGUAUAAAUAUAAAUGAAUGAUUGCCAAGAAUAAUAGUAUUCACAAUAAUUUCCCUUGUAUUUUAAUCUGCCUAAAAUUUUAAAUUGAAUCUUUCAAACGAAGAGAGAAAAAUUUUUAAAAAAAAGCAGAUUAGAUUUAAAACAAUUCACUCUGAUCUCCUUCUUCUCCUUCUGAGUCCACAAUUCCUCCCCUGUACUGUUUUCCUCUUCCUCCGGUUAGUAUAUUCAUACUUUGUUCUAUACUUCACUUUUCUUCCAGGCUGGAUCGAUCUGUUUUGUCUUUCUUCUUUUUUUCCCCUACUCUGUGGGUCUUUUCAUCUUCGUUACUCAGUCGUUAUUGUUGUUGUUAUUGUUGUUCUUCAACGAUCAACCAAUGAAUCCCUCUUAUUCUCUCUCUCAGACAUUUGUAACUGUGAUUUUGAUUAGAUUAUGAACUAUACUUAUACCAUUUAUGAGUACUACACAAAUCGUGUUGAUCAUGAUGUCAACUGAUAGUUUGAAAAAAUUUUAAAAAAUGUUUUUUUUUGAAUAUUUUUUACGAUCAUGUAUAUUUUACACACACGAUCAGUUAGCAAAAAUAUAUCCGUAUUUUCUAUUCCUCUUUAUGUACUUGAAGAACCUUGAAAACAAUAUGUAUUUAUUGAUUUUUUUUCUUCAACGUGUUUGUUAUUGUUUUGUCGUUUUUUUUUGGUUGCUAAACUUAACUCUUUCUUUUGUAAGAUAUUCAUUCGUUUUCCAAAACUUGAGGGAGGGAAGGGGGUGAUUGGUUGGUUGGGAAAGAAAACUGUGAGG